GCGUUGUCGGUCUUUGUCUGUCUCCCAGUCUCUGCCCGCAUGGCAAGAGAGAGGUCUGGGUAAUUCUACCUUUCGAACGCGAUUCCUGGGGUGCAGCAGCACUUGCUCACAAGAGCAGAGCAAGAGUCCACACAUCUGGGACUGGGGGCUCCGGGGACUGUUUUCCUUCUGCGAAUUUGCGACGUUUUAUCGGGCCCAAGAACACCGCAGAAGAAUGAUCGAGUUUGGAAAAUGCGGGCGACAUACGAGGCGAGCCUGAGUGGCCGGUCUGUCAUGCCACGGACCCCGAGGGCCUGAUUGAAGAGAGAAUGGGCGGGUGUCUGAGUGGCGGUCGGAGCUCGAAUGCUGCGAGUGGCACUGCAGCCGGAAAUGUCACAAGGCCAAAUUCAGGAAGGAAAAACCAUCCGCUCUGUCAUGAUACCAUACGCUGGAAGUCGGAUGUCCCACUCACUGAAGGACAGCUGCGAAGUAAGCGUGAUGAAUUCUGGGAUACAGCCCCAGCAUUUGACGGACGUAAAGAAAUUUGGGAUGCUUUACGGGCCGCCUCACUAGCCACUGAAGCUCAAGAUUUUGUCUUGGCCCAAGCAAUUCUUGACGGUGCCAAUAUAUCUGUUCCGAAUGGAUUCCUGACUGAGUGCUAUGAUGAACUGGGCACCAUGUACAAAGUCCCAGUUUAUUGCCUCUCAAAUCCAAUCAACAUGGUGAAAGAAGAUGGACGGGAGUCGCCUGCUGAAUUUUCAGAACCUGCCGACGGUGGAACUGAAGUAGUACUGAAAAUUCGGUUGUCAUCGAAUGGAGAGGAUGUCAAGCUGCCUGUUCUUUCUACUGACACGGUGGCCACUGCAAAGAAAAAGUUGCAGUGCCAAGAGGGGUUGGAACCCUCUAGACAAAGAUGGUUCUUUGGUGGGAAGCUGCUCAGCGACAAACUGCGAAUAGAAGAAGCCAAAAUUUUACCGGGGUAUGUGGUCCAGGUUAUUGUAAAUCCAGAACCUUUGUCUCGUGUGGAAAGCUGAAAGGUAGUUCCUUAUAUGUAAAUAUGGUUUUGUACAUCGAAACAUCACAUUACUGGUUGUUGACAUGUCUUUCUGUUGAUCGAUUCAGAAUUAUUGAAAACAAUCCACACUUAGGUUUUUAUUGUUAAAUUAAAUGGAUUUUUAAUUCUAUUUGCAUAAAAACUUCCCAAAUAUUUCCUGUUAACUGUUUAUCAAAGUAAGGAAGUGUUUUGUAUGAUAUGUUGUUACCAUACGGAAACAUGUGUUGUCCUACAUAGUAUGAUUUGUUAUUCCUUCAUAUUUUUUCUAUCAGUCUGAAUUGUAUAUGCUGUAAGUCUUAUUGGCCAGUGCCAUAGUAUUAGCUCUUUCUUGUGGCCUUUGCUGUAGUGUCAGGCAGUCUAUCACUACAGACAUCGCAAUGUGUUAAGAACCAUCUUCCACUCUGGUUUUUGGUUCUGUAGAUUGUUGUAUUUCAUCAUCUGCCUACAAAUUUUGGUAAAGUCCAGUCUGGUGUGGUAUUUCAAUCCUUGCAUUCUUUUUAUGUUUUUUAAAUUUAAUUUUUUUAUUGUUUGUUUAAUCAAUUUUAGUCAUCUAAAUUAUGAAUAUUCCCAGCCAAACUAUCACUGUGUUCUGUGCUCUCCGAUAAAUAUUUUUCUACCUUUGCACUUGUACUAUCAGAGAAAGUUAUUUAAUGUUUCUUAAUUGUUCUUUUUGUUGUUAACCACUUUGGAGAUUACCAACUUAAAUUCACCUUGUCAGGAAGCUCAACUCUUGAGUAAUGUUAACUAGCAGGAGACUUUUUCUUGUUUGUUUGGUUUUACUUGUAACUAGGAGUGUACUGAGUUUCAAGUAAACUAUUUAAUUUUUUGAAGUAUUUUUUUCUUUUCUUCUCUAUUUUCAAUGGUGCUCAGAGCAGAUGUCUAAGUGGGAUUCAGUAUAUCUUGAAUCACAAAUGAUUUCUUACUUAACUAGCUUCUAAUUUACGUCAUGAAGAAAUUUAUUGGUGCUCAAAAUAAUCUUAAAUAGGUUUACCAUUGCUGAGUUACAUCAUCUUUGUGGGAACCAUUGCCGCACAUUCAUUGCAUCAUCUUCCAAAGUAUUUUUGUCCAGUCACAAUUUGAUGUACUUUACGAAGUAUAGCUUAGGGAAGUAGCUUCUCAUAUCAUUGUUAAAAUAAGACCUUCUUUGUUUUUGUAUAGAGUACAGAGCGAACUGAAGUUGUGUGUUUAUUGCAAUCAAUUUUGGUUCAAUGGGCUGCAUGAUGACCGCUCCCAUUCAAUUCAACUUAAUUUGAUCAAAGCUGUGUAAUCUCUUCUUCUUUCUAGCUAGUGUCUUGUAUUUUUUAAGCAUAAAAGUGCAUUUCCUCUUUAAUACUAGUAGUAGUUUUCUGUAUGCUUGGAGCUUAUUAUAAAUGGUGUGGUUUUGUAAAGUAUGACUGUUGAUUCUUGUAUUGGAUGUUGUCAUGUUAUUCCAGAAGCAUACAUUAUUUAAUGUCCAAAGUUGCUUUACUUUAUAAUUUGUGUACUUAAGAAGUUUAUUAUUAUACUUUUGCUUAAGUGGAUUUUCAGAAAAGGAGAAUGAUAUGUGAUGAACUGCUGAAGUCCUUCAAAUUUUACUUCUAUCUCAGACGCUUAAGAAUUGUAUGUUGUUUCCUUGUAUGAUCGGCCUGAGAGUUUACUUAAGAUACAUUACAUCACAUCUCAUGCUAAGCUGUUAUAAAGUAACAGAAUUAGAACUGAUGCUACUAUUUCUUCAUCCAAUUUUAAAAAUAAACUAACAAAGAACGAGAA